ACCGUUAAAUAGCUAACACAAUUGGAAGACAUGGAACACUUAAUAUUCCUUUAGCUGCAAACUCCUCGAGUUACACAGAAACCCUAAACGCUCCACCUUCUUCCCCAAUUACAUCUAGCGGAGAUGACGAAGAAACGCGACCCUUUAGAAAAUCCACCUGCUGCAUCUUCAAGCGGCGACGACGAUGAAGUCGACUCUUCUGCCGGAGAAGAAGAGGAACGCGAAGAUGAUGAUGACGCUUCUUCAUCCGAAGAACUCCCCGUCAAAUCUCAUUCCUCCUCCGCCGCCGUCACAAUUGCCGUCCCAGGCAAAACCGCCGCACAACAAGCCUCCGAUUUAGAUUCUGGAUCUGAAACCGAGACCGACUCCGAUUCCGACACGGAACAACCACCGAAUCAGCGAUCUGGGAAGGCUAUCCUCGCCGCCGCGAAGUCCAAGAAGGAGAAGUCUCCACCGCCUGCUACGAAAUCAGGAACGAAGCGUCCGAGCGAAGGGACUUCAAAGGAGACGAACUCAAAGCGAGCGAAGAAGACCUGUGAAGACUCAAAGAAGCCUCCUGCUUUCCAGAGACUAUGGACUGAAGAAGACGAGAUCGCUGUCUUGCAAGGUAUGAUCGAUUUCAAGAACGAUACGGGGAACUCUCCUUACGAUGACACUAACGCUUACUACGAUUACAUCAAGAAAUCUAUUAGCUUUGAGGUUAGUAAAAACCAGUUCAUGGAUAAGCUUAGGAGCUUAAAGAAGAAGUAUAUGGGUAAAGAGAAGCCUUCUUUUACCAAACCUCAUGAUCAGAAGUCUUAUAGAUUGUGCAUGUACAUCUGGGGACCUGAUGGGAUGGGUCUUGAGACUGCUGUUAAGUCCAACGGUGUGUCCAAAAAGAAGACCAUGAAGCUUGACUCUGUGAAGCAAGACCUUUCUUUUGCUUCUUCUCCCAAUGGCAAAGCUGUUGUUGAUGAUGAUAAGAGAGUGUUGGUUCUUGGAGGCGAUGUGGACAGGAAAUGUGAUUGGUUUGAGAACUCGUUUCUUGUUAGAGGCAUUGCGGGUUUUGGUGUUGAUGAGCAUUACGUGAAACAGAGAUGGAGCUUGGUCCCGGUUGAGACCAAGAAGACAGUUGAAGAGAAGGUUAAGAUGCUGCAGGCUAAGGAAAUUGAGUUUGUGUUGCAGAAGACUAAGAUUUUGCAUGAAGUUACCUCUAUGAUCGCUGAAGCAUCCAAGAACAAGCCAUAGAUUCGUUUGGGUUUCAGUGCCAAUGUCUAUGCUGUUAUUUCAACUUAGCAUUUACUUUCUCUUCUUUAUGAUCUACUUACUUUGUAAUUUUCUGGUUUAUUUUGAUGGCUUUCUCUCAUAUUAAACUCUCUAUAUUGGAUUUGUUGCUUACA